GAAAGCGUAGUGCAGAGGGGAGAGCGUAUGUAGCGUGAAGGAAGAGAAGGAAGAGGGAAGCGGCGUCGGGAGAGUCAACGCAUGUUGCCAGAUUGAGAGAGACAGGAAGAGAGUAGAGGACAGAAGGAGUGGGAGAAGGACAGGGACGCAGGGAUUCUGAUCGCUCGAGGGAACGUGGAAAAGAGAGAGAGGAGAGGAGAGGGUCUCAGUCAAGUAGAGAGGCAGUGUAGAGCCGGCAGUGCUGCAUUGUGGAUGUAAACUUUAUCGUCAGCCGGAUCAGUGGGUAGCAGCUGCAGAGCAGGAGGAGAGCGGCUGGUGGAUUACCAUGCGUGUCCUCUGAAUGCACCAGGAUGCUGCAUCUCCACCAGGGGAAAAGCUGGCCGUGGCUCGCCUGCAGAGGGAAGUCGCACGGAGCAAGAGCGAAGGAACAAUGCGAGAAAAGCUGAUCCACGAGCUAGAGGAAGAGCGACGUUUGCGACUGGAGAGCGAGAAGCGUCUCCGGGAGGUGACGGAGGAGUCCGAGCUGGGACGGGCGCAGAUGGUCUCACUGCAGCAGCAAUUCUCCAGGAUGGAAGAGACGGUGCGGUCGCUGCUGCAGAAUCAGGGCGUCCUGGAGCAGACUGCCGUGGACACGGUGGACAUCAUGAAGGCCUACAAGGAUAAACUCUCAGAGGAAGUGCAGAAGCAGCAAGACGGCCCCGAGGAGAACGGCUCCCCACUGGCAGCUCAAACAGAGCCAGACUCUGGGAAUCCUGAUGCCAGCCAAUCAGAGGAGGACAAAGACAAAACCAAGCCUCUUCUUGAGCGCCUCAAGGCCUUGGAGGAGAAGAACUCAGCGUUGGCCUUGGAGAACGAGAGCCAGAGGGAGCAGUACGAACGCUGUCUCGAUGAGGUUGCAAAUCAAGUUGUGCAGGCGCUCCUCACCCAGAAGGAUCUGAGGGAGGAAUGUCUAAAGCUGAGGACUCGCGUCUUUGACCUCGAGCAGCAGAAUCGGGCGCUUAGCGUCUUGUUCCAGCAGCGGAUCAAGCCUGCUUCUGACCUGCUUCUCCAGAAGCUCCACUCCCGCAUCAUGGAUUUAUCCGCGGCCGACCUGCUCCUGGAGCCAGAGAGAAGCAAGGCCUUCUUGCUUUCCAGGAACACAGAAUCUCCCUCCAAUGAGGUUCAGUUAAACGGAAAGGCAGGUUUCCCUGUGGCCAAGUGUCUGAGCCAGCUGAGUUUGACAGUGCCAGCGCCUGUGUACCCACGCAGCAGCUGCAGCAGUAGUGAGUUGUCCCUGUCAAGUGCUUGCAGUGAAUUCUCCAGCGGCUCGUAUACCUGGAAUGAUGGGCGCUCUGGUGGGAAAAUGUCAUCCCUAACUUGGGAGAAGAGGCUGAGUUUGGGUUCAUCAGCCCCAAGUAAUAUCUGCGACCCUGCUGAGGAGCAGCAGCCCACGAGGCGCAAGGAGAGCCACAUCCUCGAGGGACUAAGAAAGCUCCAGAGGAAGAAGCACAGGAGCGCCUCUUUUUCAUCAAAGGUCUCCAAGUCAGGCUACAAAGACUGCAUGAACUCAAACGAGGGCAUCUACUCCCUGGGUAUCAAGAGUAGCAGUAAAGGGGUUUCUAAGCCUACUCAUGUGAGUAGAAGUUCAGCCGUUGGGGGCAAGAAGUUCUCUUAUGAUUCCGAUGAUGCUGAUGAUGAGUUGGCACAUUCCAGCCGUGGAGAUAACAUCCCUACUAAGGACAACUGGUUUUACUGUAAGAGACUCUCACACAGCAUCUCAGAUAGUUUGUGUAGCUGGGAGGGAACACAGGACAGUGUAGGUGGUGGUGGAGGUGACGGUAACACUGGUCCCGUGACUACGCAGCCUCUUGGGUACGACUCAAAAGAGCGUCCAGAGAAACUCAUGAGUUUCAUCAACAGUUUCCUCCCUGAAGGAGGACACAGAUCAGCCUUUAGUAAGCCAUCCAAGCUACACUUAAACCCCCCAGAACCAGAAGUUCCCAUUCAGCUCUCAGAUGCGGAAGACCCAGAGGAACCGAAGACGGAAUCAACUGACAUUCGAAUGUCCUACAGCCAGCAGGCAGAACAAGCAGAGAGGGACACCAAAAGGCUAUCAAGAGAUGCUGCCAAGCUGCUCAAACAGCAGUGGUUAGGAAGAGACCAAGGACGCACUCAGUCUGCUGACAGUAGGCCCAGGCCUUUCAGCCUACUUAAGGAGCCCAAAGUGACCAAGUGUACUCAGUCUGAGGAGAGUAUACUGGCAAUAUUUGAUGCAGAAGGAGAGCCUAUUGAACUUUGCGCUCAGAAGCUUACACCUAAUGGAGGGUCUCGUAAUAACAUUCAAGGUACCAAGGUAGCUCCCAAUUAUGCAGAACUUGCUCCCCAAGAGAGGCCGACAAGGCAGAAAUCAGCUAACACAAGGAACUACUCAGUUCUUGAAUCUCCAGAGAAGCCAUCUGAGUAUCAGAUCAGGAAUAGCAAGUCGGGCAGUAGCAGGGAAGGCAGUGCGGAGAGGCUGUCAAUGCCACUGACUCCUCAACGGAAGCUCAUCAAGCCACCAAGCAGCCGACCCACUAAAGGCCACUCCAUCCCACCCAUGAAUGAGUCGGCUGGUACCAAGGCUGGUGCAUCAAAGAUACCUGGUCGUAACAAGCCUGCCGGAUCUCCUCUUAAGUUCUCAAAGGGCUCCACCACUGAACUAAACAACAGUGGAAACUCAGGACCCUCUGGUCAGGACAAAUCCCCCUCCUCGCCUACAGUCAGAUUGUCCAGGUUCAUGAAGGCACCAGGAACCUGCACGCAGAGCCCAAAGGCGGUAAACUCCAAGCUCCCCAGCAGGGCCGAGUGGAAUAAGGGCUCCUCCUCCAGUUCCCCGCACCUCCCAAGGAGAAACCUGGAGUAUGCUGACACUGGCGAACAGCCUACCAGAGACAAACACUGUGAACCCAGCAAAAACAAACUCAGGUCCCCGUCUCCUCCCCCUCCCCCGGGCCGCACCACCUCCUUACUGAUCAGACCAAAUUAUGAAGGGUCACCUCAAGCACAUAAAACCUGGGUGGCCCAACCAUCCACACCAACCACUGUGAGGGGCCCUCCCCCAAGUUACCAGACCUCACUUUUACCAAAUAUGCAAAGUACGCUACCCAUCAAGGAUAAAGACUGUUUAGACACGGAUGCAGGCUACGGGACUGCACUUGCACCUCAGAAACUGGUUGACAAAACCAGUCAGCACCUUCAAAAGUCCCCCGCCAUGACUCAAACUCCCACUAAAGGCACUUCCAAGAGGAUCACCACGAAAGACUACCUCCCUCCUGCAAACUCAGGGUGUGCUCCAGAAACUGAAAAUGCACCUAAAAGCUCAAAGAAUGUCCCUCCUCCUUACAGUGCCCUCAGAGGGUCCUCGUUUCAGAACUCACCUGCAGGUAAGAGAGGACCAAGCCAAGAAAAUCACAUAGUGCAGAAGACGUCGAUCAGUUUACCUGUAUCCCUUCAGGAUUCUGCCCAAGGUAAAACCGAACCACAAAAUGGUAAAGCCAUCGUCAGCCCGCCCAAUUCAGUUAUUACUUCCCCUAACACGGAAAAAGCCUCAAAGACUCGCAUCCCAAUGGGGUUCAAAGCAUUUUUAAAGUCCCCACCCAGCCAUAAGAAUGGCCCCAUAAUACCAGGCAAGCAGGAGAAAGACCAUAUCAACUCAGUGUCCAAAGAGACCGUGACUUCUACUGCACUUCCCCAGUAUGACACCCUGCCACCACCAUACAGUCUUGAUCCACCACCUAAGAUGCCCAACACAGAGGUAAAAGGUGAGGUCCAGGGUAGGUUACCAGAGGAGGAAGUACAAGUACCUGUCGUACUAGAGGAGGGGGAUGCUGGCGAGAAUGGGAAAAGGGGAAGCCAACUUUUCUCCAGGUCUAUAUCCGUCACCACCAAACCUCAUCUAAAACCAGCCUUGGGUAUGAAUGGCGCCAAAGCUCGAAGCCAGAGUUUCAGCACCAACUACAUCGAGAAACCCAACAUCAAUAACCUAGAUGGACCAGGAAAAAUCCGAACCCAGAUCAUCACCAACUCAGGCGAAAGGGGGAACUCUCUGUCGAGACAGACUUCCUUGGAGGUACCCAGUGUCGGGUUAGCCGAGAGCCCUGUACAUUCUCCAAGGAAUCGGCUCAGCCAUUAUGGAGGCAUGACCGGGUCAAAUAGUCACAGCAUACUCCCAGAGAAAACUUCCAAACCAGGGUCCAAAGUUGAGGGAUCAGCUAAAGGGGAGGCUGUCAGCUCACCGUCUCAAAAAGAGGCUCGCAGCUUACCUAUCAGUGAUAAGAUUGCUUUGAAAAACACUCGAAAGCCAGCAAAAGUUGCCUCCCAUCCACAGUUUCAGCCGGCAUCCUCUUGUGUCUACAAUUCAGAGAACCAAGUGCGAGAGACGGGAGGCCUAGCAGUGACCCCGAAUGAGCCCGACUUUAGCAAGGAAGGAAAAACCCAGACAGACUCGCCAAACAAAGCCCCAGACAUCGAGGAGAAAAAAAUCAGCCCCACAGCCUGCACUAUAGAGGAGAAAGUCAUGAUGGGAAUUGAAGAGAAUCUGCAGAAAUGUCAAGAACAAGAGAAGGUUGCUGCCAACGAGGCCAAACAGAAAACGGGGCCCUCUUUGGCAAACUGGUUCGGACUCCGUAAGAGCAAACUUCCAGCUCUGAGUGGCAAGAAAGCGGACUCCCCCAAGGGGAAAGAUGAGAAGAAAGAGCUGAAGAUCGGAUCGGUUCUUGGGGGCAAACAAAUGAAGACUGACAAGAAAAAGGAUAAGAAGCAGAAGGAUGGUCAGGAGGUGCAGAAUCUCUCAGAGAUGAACAACAAGCUGAGCUCCAUCAUGGACCACUGCAACAAUCAGAUGGGGCAGAUUGCCAGUCAGAUCCAGUGUACAACUGCUUUUAUCGGCAAAGACCAGUUUGUGAAAGAGCUUCUUGGCAGGACCGCUGUGAAGGGCAACUCUUUGGGUGCAUCACCGCCUGGGAUCUCCUCGCCCAAGAAACACGGCGAAAUGAAGGGAGAUAUGGAGAUCUGCACAGAUACUGCUACUCUUCUAAUGUCUCAGAAAAUCAACCUGAGGGCUGAAAAUGAAGAAGGACGCAUCCCCGAUACAGCAUGUCAAGACCACAUGAUAGGCUCCGGCUGUCAGAUGAGAACUCUGGACAGCGGGAUCGGCACCUUCCCCCUCCCCGAUUCAGUCACUCGGGCCAGCGGUCGCCACAUCCCCAAAUCUGAAUCCAGCCCCGAUGCGGUGACCGCCGGCUCCUCCGAGCUUGAUCGCGAGCCUCCCUCUUCUCACCCAGACCCCUCACAACCUGAUGUGAAAGUGCCUUCCCUCCCAAAAUCCCACCUGCAUGCUCCCACCAGCUUGGGUCACUCCCUGUCCGACCCCACUGUGAUGUGCAGCAACAACCCGCAAGAUAACCAGAGCCGCCUGCCCAAGCUAGCAACUUCAGACGCAAUCAGGAUGAAGAGGUUGAGUCUUGGCGCCCCUCGCAGUAACAUCUCCAUAGAGGGCAAAGAGAAAGAAACAGAAAGGAAAGUCAAAAACAAAGAACAUGAAAUGCCUGGGGAAAGAGCCCUGCAAGUGUGCACAUACUCGGGCAGCAGCAGCGAAUCAGAGGCCGAACCUGAGGGAAGCACCUUGAGCUCACCUCAGAAGACCCUUGUCAACAGGACCAAGAAGAGUGACUCAGUGGACCGCAAUGAGGAGACCUUGAAGAGACGCAGUGUGGAGAAGCCCCUGUCAAUCAUGGACUACUACCAGCAUGAUGUGUUUUCACAUCUGGAGAAGGACAGCAGGAGGAUCUCCCAGUACAACCUGUUGCAUAAAGAGUCAUCCCUGGAUGGAAAAGCAGGAGACAGACUCAGCAAGGAGAUACCAAUGGAGAAGACGCCCAUCAGUGCAAACCAGUCAGGAUCUCUCGACUUCUCCUUGGAGUCUUUGAACAAACUGAACCACAGCAGCUCCAGCAGCGGCAGCCUGUACCCGGACACCGGCUCGGGCAGCCGCAGAGGUGACUGCCUUGUCGAGACGGGGAAGAGUGUGGAGGACUGCUGCAAGCUGGACGAGCCUUCCUCUUCCAGUUUCUCGAGCAAGCCUGGGGUGGAUCCCGUGGGUUCUCUCAGUGACUCGCUGUAUGACAGCUUCUCCUCCUGCACCAGUCAGGGCUCAAACGAUGUGUAGGGGCAACGAGAAUGGUGGCAGGGCUUUGGCACCCAAGCUCGGUCUUAAGUCAGGUGUCGUGGGACAUUUUCUCUCAGUUGUGAAUGAUUCUGGAAAAUGGACAGGCUGGUUGAAGCGUUCAGCAGACCAACAGUGGUGUGGAGCCUUUCACCCGACCCUAAGGGAAAGAAUGAUCUUUUUCAAGUUGAAAACCCCCAAUAGGACAUGGCUUGUUGACUUUGGUCCCAACCUGCUUGGAUAUGGUCCGACUUUUUCCCAGUUGUUGGAAACAUCUGGACUUCCCUGAUCUUGACUGCAGCCCUGCCUCGAAACCUGAAACCCUCUUUAAGUACAACACAAAGCACUUAUUAGAGCUAAAGACACAAGGAUGAAAGCUCAAAAUACCAAACUUGGACUUUCAAGAGUUUGACUUUGGGUGUGGUGGACUUGACAGCAAUACACAACAAUGUCUCAUUGCAAUUUUUAGUUUCCUCUUCCCCCAACGCUGGGGGAACUUCUUAUCAUUGCACUGUAAGAGUUACUGUACAAAGUUUGUAAGGAGUGUAAAGUGAAAGAUUAUCCAAGCAGUGAUGAGCAACGCCGAUGGGCAACGUUGUGAAGUUGCAACAGAACUUUGAUUUAAUUGCAUUCCUGUUUGCUAGAGACUAGAUUUAAACCUAAGGUGUCGUUUUAUGUUUGCUGCUAAGUUUGUUGCCCGAAAAUUAGACGUCAACAACUCAUUUGUCUUUUUCUACCGGUUUUAAGCAAUAUUUUUAAAACAUCACAAAUCACAUUUCUUAAUUUUUGUCCAUUUUAAUUCAUCUGAAAGUUAAAAUCAGUUCUUGUCGUUGUGUUAUCUCCAGUAAGGAUGCAUGAUAUUUGAUAAUUUCCUUCUUCUCAUACUGAUUAUUUCAAAUUGUGUCUAAAAGUUCAUAACCCAUUGCAAAUGUGUUGUCUUCCUCUGAAACCGUGUAACAUUUUUAAGUCCAUGCUUCAUAUUGCAGACACAUGCAUUGAUACUGAUAUUUACCGAUAAAACUGUGAUGGGCUGGUAUCAGGGCUCUGAGAUGUCGUACAUCCCUAGUUUAAAGCAGGAUAAGGGCAAACAGAAAAAAAAUGUUGAAAAUGUGCUUUUGCUGCAAAUUUUCUUAUGUCAACUGGCACGAUUCAAGCUUUGCUGUGCUUCCACAUGGUACAUACACUAAGGUCAUGUUAACGCAAAAACGAUUCAUGAAAAUGGAACCAUUUUAUUGUUUGUAUUAGGAAAAAUUCACUUAUUUCACGCACCAUGCAUAUGGAUUUGCAAAAUGGACAUUGUUGAAGGAAGUGUGCCAAGAGCAGGCAUGCAUUCGUACUCUUCUACAGAACCGAACGCAAAAAUUUCAAACUGAGGAAUGUCUGAACAUCUUAUGAGAUGGGAUCACCACUCAAAGGGACCUUAAAAAAACAAAGAUUUAAAAAAAUGUUAAGACUUUGCCAUUUUUGUUGUAGUCUACCCAUUUCAGUUUUACUAACAAGUUGAACCAUCAAGAGCAAAAGUGGAAGGUCUAGUUUUUGAGAAGACCUGCGUAUCGCCAGUUAACAUGACAAUAAAGAUGGUACAAAUUUUCAAAACUUUGCAUUUUUAGGCACCUGAAACGCAUUUGGGUUAGGGUUGCAGCCAAAAAGCAAAAAACUUCACCAUUUUUGGUUGAAAUCGUUGUGCAAACUGAGUUUAAAAUUGAAUUUUUUAAAAUGCCACCUUUUCAAAAGUAAUUAUGUAUUGAAUAUGCAAUCAGUUUUUGUUUUCCCUAGAAUGCCUAACCCUAACACUAUAACCUGCACACAGAUCGGCAAAAAUGAAAAAUGGAACCUACUUUUAAAUUGGACAUUUUCGAGCAUUUUCCGUGUGAAUGGACAGCAAAAUUGUGAAAAAAGUUAACUGUUUUCAGCUGGAAUUGUCAUGUAAACAGGCCCUGCAUGCAAGUGAGUCUGUUUCUUUUUUGUGACAACAUUUUUGUGGUUCUCAACUAGCCUCGUCAACCAUCUCCUUCAUUAAGAAUUUGCAACCAAAAUUUCUCUAAAUGAUCAAUCAGUCAGAUCAAUUUAAUGAAAAAUGAAGCAGUUUGGACCUCAAAAGACAUGAAGGAAGAAACCAAUCAAAAUAAGCCCGUCGAGACAGCGCUUCAUAGACUUUUUAACACUUGGUCAACAUUUUUGACCAGCUGAAAACUGCACUAUUUUUGAGUUCUGACAUACCUGUUCAGUGUCAGGACCCACUACAACCAUCUUAAUGACAAACUGGACCCAUAUUUCUUAUAUUUUUCAGUCGUAACUACUGAUUUUAAUAUAAACUUGAGCAGUUUGGAAUUGAAAUAGAACAAAUAAGUUUGGAACAAAGAGAUGAAGACAUUUCCUUCAAAAUAAAAUCCCACACUUUUGGGUCUUGACCCACCAGUGGAGUACUGCUGGUUUAGAUGACACAGGUCUGACUAAAAUGUUGUAGUUAACAUGCCAGCCCAGUAGGUGGCAGUGUGACUUUUAAUAAAAAACAACCUGGUGAGGCGUAAACAAAAAUGGGUAAUGUACAAACAUUUGUUUGCAGAGUUAAUGAGGUGGGUUACAGCUCAACUUCAACUUUACAGACAGAAAAUUUAAAGAAAAUUGACUGGGAUUAGGCAACGCAAACCGAGCUCAGGAGUCCUCUAUUGUUGUUGUCAUCCACUUUAGCCUUCCGGUGCAUGUGCAUGGUGUUUUAACAAGUGAAGUACAUAUUACCGAAGGUACCAUUUUCAAAGCUUUUUAAAGUUUCAACCCAACCAAGGUGACCAUUUUCAGCUGAAAUCGCUGUCGUGUAAACAUGGCCUUAACCAGAGAUCUCUGUCUGCCUGGUACAAAGGCACACAAAACAACCAGCUUUUUUUUUUUUUUCUUUUUUUGCUUGAUUAACCAGUUUCAUUGUCGGUAGCUCAGGGAACAUACUGGACUGAUGUAGAUUGUAAGAACUUAAAAAAUGCAGCCAUCAGGAAACUGUCAACAACACAAAAAAAACUUGCUUUUUUGGGGGGGGCUCUUCUUGCAAAAAUCCAAAAUGCUUAUGUAGCAUAGCUUACCUUAACUCUCCAAACCUCAGUUUUCCUUUCAUAGGUGUAUAUGAUGUUGUAAAUAGGAACUGCUAUAAGUUAAUAUCAGAACGGGCAUUGCUGAUUGAUAUAUGCAAAUGAGAAAAAAAAGAAAAGACAAAAGGUGUAAAUUGUUUGCCAAUCAGUCAACCAAGGUUUUACGUCUACUGUUUGAAAUGGCAUGUAUGUUUUCUUAAGGAAUUCUUUAGGGGUUCUUGUUUCAAAUAAAUCUUUAUUUUGAUCAAUAAGAGCUAAUACUAAAAUAUUUUAUCACUUUAUUUUAAAGACAUAUUUGAACUUUAGGUGAAGUUAUUAUGCCAAAUCUCUAUCUGGAAUCUGACCAGCUGGUGCUAAUCAACAGAGCCGACUGUGCGUGUUUUCGAUUUUUUCUAUGAAACUGUUAAUAUUGUAUGAAGAGAGUCUGAAGAGGACUUGUGUAUUUUUCUAGAUGUCCAGUAUUUAUACCCACAUUUUGUACUGUCAGACUGUAGUGUGAUUGUCAUGCUUCACCUCUCUCCUUAAAUGUUCCUGCUUCCUUUGUAAAGAGAAAUGGUUACCAGCAGUGUUACUUUGGUAAUUAUUAUUAUUAUUAUUAAUGUUAUUGUUAUUAUUAUUACUGUGUGCAAUUUUGUCUGU